AUGGGUGCCGGGGGUCUUGGUCUGUCUGCCUUUUCUAUUCUCAGAGCAGUGGCUCAUCGGGCCGUGAUCAGUAUAGAUAUCAACCCUGAAAGUCGAGAAGCGGCACUGAAAGCUGGUGCGGUGGCUACUAUUGAUGGAAGAGCUCAAAAUGCGCGAGACCAGCUCUUUGCUGUCACCGGUGGGCCUGUAUUCUCUGUCCUGGACUGCGUCAAUAGCUCCGACACGGCGACAUUUGCGUUUUCGAUACUUGCAAAGGGAGGGAGAAUGGUGCAGGUGGGUUUGCUGGGUGGAGAACUCAAUCUUUCACUUGUCGGACUGGUUGCAAGAGAAGCGACCAUUAUGGGCAGCACAACUGGCAAUAUUGGACAUAUGGAAGAGCUUGUUCGGCUGGCUAAGGAAGGCCGUCUAGCCCCUAUCCCAGUCACAGCCAUACCGCGAGCUCGAGCACACGAAGCUUUGAUGCUGUUGAGGGAUGGAAAGGUCACCGGAAGACUGGUUUUGACAUGA